AUGUUGCUGGAGUCGCGAGGUAUCACUGGAAGGAAGAGAAACGGACUGACCCUGACGACAUACGGGGGUGGUGGUGGCGGUAUUGUCGGCGGCGGAGGGGCCGGCAGUGAGGAAGACGAGGAGGAAACAUCACGCGGUUAUUUGGAUGGUGAUAAAAUGCCGAGAUGCGCGCUCGAUGCGGAAUCAACGACUGGUAUUGCUUUGCCAGCUGGCAUAACCGGUUGUGGAAGAGACGACGGAGACGAGAGCUCAAGUCCAUCGCCCAAUAAUAGUUUGAUUAAUAACAACAAUAAUAAUUGCAAUUCGAAUAGGGGUUGUGCUACGGAUUUCAGUAUAGCGGCGAUAAUGGCGCGAGAUACGCGCCAGCAACAGCAGGGAGUACCGGGGAGUCAGCAGACGUCGCAGCAGCCGCAUCACAGGCAUCUGCAGCAACAGGCCGUCGGCGGCGGUAAACUACAUCAGCAUGAGAGGGAAGCAAGCGGCUCGGGCGUGACGCGGGUGCCAUCGGCGUCCCAAGACUCCGUGGACAUAGACGACGACGUUGAGACUGAUGACACGGGCAGUACCAGCGGCAAGGCGCCCUCACCGACGACGAAUCCGUUGCUCCAGGAGCACUCGAACUGCGAGGAGCUCAGGCACGUGGUCUGUCACCUCGAGACGAAGGACUUGUGGGAUAAAUUUAAUGAGCUCGGAACUGAGAUGAUCAUCACGAAAACUGGACGGAGAAUGUUUCCAACCUGCCGAGUGUCAUUCAACGGACUGAGGCCUGACGGUCGCUACGCGGUGCUGAUGGACAUCGUCCCGGUGGACAAGAAGCGCUACCGUUACGCCUACCACAGGAGUUCGUGGCUAGUGGCUGGAAAAGCUGACCCCCCAGCCCCUGCGAGACUCUACGUUCACCCCGACUCACCCUUCACCGGUGAGCAGCUGCGAAAGCAGAUUGUCUCCUUCGAGAAGGUCAAACUAACGAACAACGAGAUGGACAGACACGGACACCUGGUAUUGAACUCAAUGCACAAGUACCAACCGCGCAUACAUCUGGUUAAAAGACCGGACUCAGGCGCCAAGGACCCGAUCGAGGAUCUUGAGCGUGAGCCACACAAGACCUUCGUAUUCCCGGAGGCCAUUUUCACCGCCGUCACCGCCUAUCAGAAUCAGCUUAUAACGAAACUCAAGAUCGACAGUAAUCCCUUCGCCAAGGGCUUCAGGGACUCCUCGAGGCUCACGGAUUUUGAAAGUUAUCCUUUCAGGGAGACAAUGGAGUCGAUGUUGGCGGACCAGCAGUCGAUGAGGUUCCCCCACCGAUUUCCCUUCGAGAUGGAGCAGCUCCAGGGUGCAGCCAGCAACCUCAGCCUGGAGGAGAAGGCCCUGUGGGCAGCAAGGUCCCAAAUCCUUCUGCGUGCAGCAGCGGCGGCAGCAGUGGGCCCUUACGCCCAGUUAGUCAGUCCAGCCCUGGUGUACCCCGGAGGGCCAGCCGCAGGUACGAGUCACCAACAGGCCCAACACCAACAGCAGCAAGCCCAGCAGCAACAGCAGCAGCUGGGUCACCUCUGGUGGGCGUCGUCCCUAGGUCCAACUCUCUUUGCAGCAGCUCAUCAUCAGCAGCAGUUGGCUGCCUCGAGCUCCCAGCAGAGUCCACCAGGACCAGCAGCACCACGGCCCAUCUACCCGUCUGCCCUGGCCCUGUCCCAUCACCGAUUCUCCCCUUAUCCAACAAUGGCUGGGAGAAAACCCGUUGCGCCAGCUGUACCCUCGCCACCAUCAUCAUCACGACGUGCAACACCAUCACCCACUGACAGCCUCUACCGCGAAGCGCAGGAUCUGUCGCCCUCGUAGUCGUCGAAAAUAGAGUAUUUUUUACCGUACACAUUCCUCUGAGGGAAUUUCUUGGGGUGAUAAUGAGAGAUCAGCAUAAUAUCGACACUUCCUAAUAAAACAAGAGUAUCUCAGAAUUCCCCAUAAAACUAAUGUCUGAAUUUUCCAGAGCAAACUUGUCCAAUUCUGACGACGUCAGAAAAAAUUUCUUCGUGAACGCCGAUUAAGUAGUGUUUAACCGAAUUAGUCGACAUAUUGUGAAUUGAUAAUAUUUUGAGAGAUUCAUGCCAGAGAAUUGAUAAAAUGAAUGGGAGGGACGAGUGGAGUGAUCGCAGCGAGGAUUCAACGGGAGAAGUCAGUGGGUAGAUCAUUAAUCCAGAAUUCAUCAAUAGGAAAAUUGAAAUCAUCUUCUGAAACGAGUGUUGUGGAGUUUUGGAACGGACGUGUAUGGAAGUCUAUGACUCGGAAUAAAAAUACGGAUACAGGGAAAUGAAAGUGAGAGAGUGAGAGUAGCCAGGACUUGCGUGCAUAACUACGACUCGUAGGAUCAGAAUAAUUCGAAGGUAUCGAAGGUAUCUGUUUUGACAUCUUGAUCGGCACGUGCCACAUGGAAUUAAUUCUUAAACACUUACGUUUUCAUGAUUCUGACAGCUGCAUGGAUUUGAAGUUUGAGGAAUGGGAAUAGAAUAGAAGAAUCGCUGAAUUCUCUGGGAAUUACACAUAUUAAAUGAGUACCACUUGCACAGUAUUUAAUGAGAGUUACUGAGAAGUCUUUUUAUUUCGUCUGAGUCACAUGAGUUUUCUCUGGAAAAUUGAGAUAAACGAGCUUUAUAGGGUAUUCUGAGAUACCUUUGUUGUAUCAGGAAGUGCCGAAAUACUGAUGAAUACUCUCGACACCUCUGUGUAUCAUAAGCUGUACAUUUCUUUAAUUAUUAACGAUCAUAUCGGACUAUUGUUAUUCGUUAUUUAUGUUCUUUCUUUUUUCUUUGCGACUGCUGCAGAUCUGUUAAAUUAUAAAUUCAGGGAAACAACCGAGGAAUGACGAAAUGAUUAUUCAUUGAGAUUGUGUGCUCGGUUAAUUUUCUCAUUAAAACAGUGAAACUGAUUAUUACAGCUAUGAAGAGAAAUAGUGCUAGAGUAAAGACGUUAUUAUAUACAUAUUGUUAAAACAAAAAUGAGAAUGAUAAAGAUGAUGCUUGUGUUUUGAAAAUGCAUUAUAUCCAUUCAAUCGCUGUGCAAGCUG